UAAAGCGAAGCAGAGAGGAAAAAGAGGCUGACACGUGUGUGAAAGAACAGCAGGUGGAUUGGACAGGAACCUAGGUUACAGACAAGAAUCUUUUUUAUGUUUAUAUUAAGGAAGUUUCCUUUUUCCUUUGGUGAACAGCUAACCUGUGCAGGAGGACAAAAAGGAUGGGAUGUGUAGACAUGCUUUUUUGCGCUGUGGGACACAAACUGGGUCAACACCUGAGAAGGAGCUGAAAGGAGCAGCAGUUACUGAGGCGGUUUUGUCCAACUGGAAGAGUACAAGAAAAGAGAGGGAGAUACUGAAGAAAGAGAAAACAUUUUAGUGUUCACCACUGCAAACAGGCAGUUGAAUCUUCCAGAUUGCUGCUUGUUUUCUAACCUUUGCACGACACCUUUUUGCAUCUUGACAAACAAACUUUUUGAACCCUAAACUGGUUUUACAGGCUACAUGUGGACUAAUGUAACCAAAGUCACCCUGCUGCAGGAAAUCUGACCAACUGUAGCUCUCACUGGAGGGAGAAACUGUUUCUUUUUGGAUAACAGUUCUCAGCAUAACUGCAUUUUGUGAUCAGUUUGCUCUCUUAUGACAGAUCUGUUAUUCAAGCAUAAAGAUAACAGCAUCUCUAGGCCUCAAACAUUCCUAGUGAUCUACGGUACAUAAGAGAGGGAGUGUUUCCUCCAUUCUCACACACUCACAUCCACAGACUCUACUGUACCUCCACCAUGCAGGCCCUCGGACCUGAGCAUGACGACUCUUUUGAUUUCCUCUUCAAGAUUAUUCUGAUCGGAGACUCAAAUGUAGGGAAGACCUGCGUGGUGCAGAAUUUUAAGUCAGGGAUUUUCUCAGAGAGACAGCAGAACACUAUAGGAGUGGAUUUUACUGUGAGGACGGUGGACAUCGAGGGGAAGAAAGUUAAGAUGCAGGUGUGGGACACGGCAGGUCAGGAGAGGUUUCGUACGAUCACCCAGAGCUACUACCGCAGCGCUCACGGUGCUAUCAUCGCCUAUGACAUCACACGGCGCUCGACCUUUGACUCGGUAACUCACUGGAUCAAAGAGGUGGAGCUCUAUGGAGCGACCAAUGUAGUGCUGGUUCUUAUAGGUAACAAAUGUGACCUGGAGCAGGAACGUCAAGUUCUGUUUGAGGAAGCCUGCAAUCUGGCAAAGGAGAAAGACAUACUUGCUGCUCUAGAAACAUCUGCAAAGGAGAGUCAAAAUGUGGAAGAGGCUUUUCUCAUGAUGGCCAAGGAGCUGCUGUCUCGUAAUGGCCUCAAUGUCCAGCAGGGGGACUCAGAGAGCGGUAACACACCUCGAGUGCUCCUCCGGUCCAACUCUCGGCCAGUUAACGGCAUGGCAGCUGCUUACACGCCACCAGAGAAGAAGACAUGUUGCUGAUUCGAAUGUGGAUAGGAUGGACAAUCAUUGUGGAUGUUUGAGAAAGGGAAUGAUAAGGGUAUAAGAUGCACAAAUGUGGAAUAUGGCUAUAAGAGGCCUCAAGAACUCAGAAUCUUUGUAUUGAGGAAGGUAAACUUUAGUAUUGAAAUAUCAGUUCAGUUUACUUUUCAGUGACUUACCUGACCCAAGAUAUAAAUAAAUAUAUAAAUAUUUAUAUAUAAUA